AUGGCCCUGAUAGACUUCAAAGCCCUAUUCCCAACAAUAACAGCCUUCGUCGCAUUCAUAAUCACACUCCUGUGCCUCUUCGCCGGCACACAGAAGAACUUUCUCGAUGACGCCGAUCUGCUAACGCUCUACACCCCAUCCACGACGCCAUCAGCAUCAGCAUCAGCCCAAGAGACUGUCACACACGACUUCUACUCAGUGCACAUUAUGUCCUACUGCAGCGGCCAGCUAGGCACGACAGACCCAAGCGCAGGCGUCACGCGCAACGUGACCGCCUGCUCAGACCGCACGAUCUUGUUCGCCUUCGACCCGACGCAAGCCUGGCCGAAAGAGGCCACCCACGGCGCCGAGCUGGACUGGCCGCGUGUCAUUGCGGAUGAUUUUCAUGCUUUCCGUAUGACUAGUCGGGCUAUGGCUGUGCUUUACUGUGUCGGGGUUGGUGUUCUGGGCGCUAUGCUUAUUGGCAGGGUUAUUGGGGUUGUGAAACCGUGGGGUGGGAUGGGAUUUUUGGAAUUUGGAGGGUUGACUUUCGCGUCAUUCAGCAUAACCAUCGCAUCGAUAAUCGCAACCGUGCUCGCCUUUGAAUUCGUAGCCCUCAUCAACGCCCACGGCAAAGGCUCCAACGUGUCCGCCCGCUACGGCGAAAAGUUCCUUGGAAUGACUUGGGCCGCAGUGGGGCUCCUCCUCGCCGGCAGUGUAGCGUCGUUUGUGAACGUGUUCAUUCGCGCGCCAGCGGCGCCUGCACCUGCAGUUGAGAAGGACUUGGACUCGGACUUGGAGGGGUAG